AUGACCACCAAACUCAUCUCAAUCGCCAUCGUGGGCGGCGGCAUCGGCGGUCUCUGUCUCGCCAUAGGACUCCUCCAACACCCCCAUCUCAAAGUCACCAUCUACGAAGCCGCACCCGUUUUUUCAGAAAUCGGUGCUGGAGUCGGACUGGGACCGAAUGCCCAGCGUGCACUUUCUUUGAUCUCACCCGCAGCAGAGAGGGCAUUCGUUAGCCAGGCCACGGGUAAUCUGUCGCCUGGAUUGGAAGAUGUCUGGUUCGAUUUUCGGUGCGGGAUGAAGGAUCGCGAGGGUGAGAUGUUGGGUGUAGUUAGGAACCAGACCGGGCAGCGAACCAUCCAUCGGGCCAGGCUUCUGGAUGGGCUGAUCAAAUUGAUUCCAGAUGGAGUCGGGCGGUUUGGAAAACGACUUGCGAGACUCGAAGAACAAAGCCAGAGUGUUACGAUGUUCUUCGAUGAUGGAACAAGUGCAAAGGCAGAUGCAGUUAUCGGAGCUGACGGCAUCCACAGUAUUGUGAGGAGGGAAUUACUCGGGAUGUCGCAUCCUGCUGUUCGUCCAGCGUUUACAGGGUCGAUUGCAUACCGCGGCUUGGUUCCAAUGGAGAUAGCGCAGACGGCGACGGGCGGGUUUGCAGAUACUGCGCGGAUUUGGUGCGGGACGGAGGGAUUGGUGAUGAGCUAUCCCAUCGAGCAUGGCGAGACGGUCAAUGUGGUUGCGGCACGCAGUAAGGUGCAAUGGUUGGAGUAUUCGAGUCAGACGUCUACCGAUGCAAUUCGCGAGAACAUGCUGGAGGAUUACAUCAAUUGGGGGGCCAUUCCGCGUCGAUUACUCGAGACUAUGGAACACCCUACUCUAUGGGCCGUGUCUCACCAUCCCUCUGCACCGUAUUUUAACAAAGGAAAUAUCGCCAUGAUGGGUGACGCAGCUCAUGCCAUGUCGCCAUACCAGGGUGCUGGUGCCGGCCAAGCCAUUGAAGAUGCCUUGACGCUGUCCGCCGUCUUUGGCCAUGUUCAGACUGUCGACCAGAUUGCCCCUGCCCUGGCGGCGUAUGAUGCUGUACGACGGCCUCGGAGUCAAAAGGUUGUCAACACCAGUCGAGAGCAACUCGAUAUGCUCACUUUUAACGAUGGAGUGGUCAACGGGGACUCGGAGAUGUGGACGCAGGCCAUGAUCGAACGGAUGGACUGGUUGUGGAAUGGGGAUUUGGUGAAGCAGAAUAAAGAGGCUGUUGAUCUAUUCUUACAAUCUUCAAGAGAAACACAAGUCGUCUUUUAA